AUGACCAGGUUACGGCCAUCCGUUCUGCUGCUGUUGACUCUGAUGGCCAGCAUCCGACCCGGACAAGCAUAUAACUCUUUUGAUCUUCUCUCAAGAAGCUCAGAUUCGUGUCCCUCCUCGUACACUCGCUGCGGCAGUACAGAACUCCCAAAUGAUUUCUGCUGUCCUUCAGACUCCACCUGCAUCAGUCUAGACCAGGGCAGCUCCUCCAUCUGCUGUCCCGCCGGUAAAAACUGUGACUACAUCUCGCCGAUUACAUGUGAUAUACAACAGCAGAAUGUUACUGCCUACCCUGAGAGUGCCGUCAAGACGACCCGUCUGGGCGACAGUCUUCCCAAAUGUGGCGAUGCGUGCUGCCCGUUUGGCUACACAUGCCGAGGGGACAACACUUGUUCCCUGGACCAAAAAGCUUCCGCAACCGCAACAACAUCUUCACCCAGCUCGUCUACCAAUACAGCAUCAUCAUCUGUAUCUACCCCUUCUACCAACACAGCAUCAACAACGGCUACAAGCUCAAUAACACCUCAGGCAACCAUCACACCCGUGCCAUCUCCCUCAUCCGAAAAGUCCACAAACACCACGACAUGCGCAGGAAUAUCAAACUCAUGCCCCUCCUUCCCAGCCGAAGCUAUAGCAGCCGGCUUCUUCCCAGGUGCCGUUUUCGGUGCAGUCGCAGCCCUCUUAAUAUCUUUCUGUUUCCGACGUAGCCGAAAAGACGAAUGUGAAAUACAAGAAGGCAAAUCCGGGCCUAACUGGACUCAACGCUCUUCUUCCGGCGCAAUAUUGUGCAUCUCUAACCCCAUCCCCCAAGACGAUACCUCCUACCGCACCGACUUCCUCCGAAGCCCACCGCGAGCCAAGCGCUCCUCUAUAGGAGGACGCUCGACUCGCACAAUGAUCCACCGCACCGGAAGCAGAGUGCGGAGUCUAUUCUCCGGUUAUCCAAGACAAAACCCCCGACUUGACAAGGAUGUGCCGCCGAUCCCUAUGCCAAACCCUAUGGCACCAGCACCGGUAGCGGCUCCGUUUACUCCGCCACGGCAGCGUCAGCCGAGUACGGAAAGCAUCAAGGUGUAUUCACCGCCUGAGUCUUCAUUCUCAAAAUCUCGCAAUUUUUUGGGGCCUGAGCCGUACCCUGGUGAUACCGCUCCGCCGGAUACUCUGUUUAAUGACCUGAUGCGGGUUGUUGGGACUCCUCAUGAUGGCAAGGGCAAAGCACCUUACCCGACUAAUGACGAUUCUCGGGAAAAUCCAUUUAGAGAUCCUGUGCGUUGA